AAUUUGUAACGUAACCAUGAACACCGACCGGCAGAGCAUGCAUCCAUCGUUUACUUGGCUCGAUCAAUAUGCAAACCCGAACUCGCAACUCGAGCCGAAAACAUAAGCCACGCUUGCGUUAAAAUAACGGACAAGGAUUCAAAUGGUGGCGUCCAGGAUCUAAGUUUCGUCCAAGCUCUGAAACAUCUGAUUUUUGUACGAAGCUGGUUUCGGACCCUGCCUUAUCAGUUGUGCUCCAACACUAGAAAAUAUUGGCUUCACGUUUGGGUUAUAAAUACGCGUACAAUGGAAGCACGAGUUAUGCCUCGAAGCUGUUUUAGUGCUCUUUAAGAUGUCUGUCCAUAAGCUAGGGAGGGACACGCUCCGAGAGAGGGCUACCGAGUUAUUUAGCCUGUGUGAUCAAGAAAGCAAGGGCUACAUUACACAGAAUGACCUUGUUGCCGUAAUCACAGAUUUGGAGUUGCCGCUAGAUGCUGCCCAAGUCCAGCAGGCAUUCUCUAAACUAGAUGACGAUCAAAAUGGUUAUUUAACUCUUGAAGAGUUUACUGCAGGCUUUGGUUUAUUCCUGGGUCUGGAUGGUGUCGAUAAUGAUGGAGAUUUAGACGAAAUCGCAACAAGUGAUCCGGGCCGGGAAUUAUUUUACCUGUGUGACUCCGACCGGAAAGGUUAUAUCACGAAGACCGAUUUGCACAGAGUUGCGGUAGAUUUAAGUCUAAAUUUUGACCAAUUAGACCUGAUAUUCAAUCAACUUGAUCAGGAUGGCAAUGGUCGCCUCACUUUGGAUGAAUUCGUUCUGGGAUUUGGAAAGUUUCUAAGCGGUGCGGAGUCAGAAGAUGAGCAAAGCAAUGGAUUUAUUGAGGAUCAGGACAACUUAGACGGCUAUCAAGACCCAUCUAGCGAUGUAUUUGAGAAUAUUUCCUCCGAAGAAGGUUCCCCGACGGUACAAGAAGACCCGAUGUUCUCGGAAGUCGUAGAAACUGUCGGCGAGGACGUAUUAUCAGGAGCUCUAUCCAAAGAUCAACUUCGCGAUCUCUGGGAGUCACUUCAGCACAACGACAGCAGAGCUGUACAAAAAUUUCAGGAUUUUCUCACGAAAGUGUCGGCAGAAAUUCGCCGUGCAAGAAAUGACUCCGAGCAACUGGAAACUGCGCUAAAAAGUAAAAUGAACUCUCAUGACACUGAGGUGCAAAAGCUGUAUGAGGAGAUGGAACAACAGAUCAAAGUUGUCCGGGACACUUACCAACAAGAGCAACAAAAGCGUGAGAAGCAAAUCAAGACAGAGCUCAUGAGCGAGCUUGAGAGAAAAGAAAUGGAGAUCCAAUGGAUGAUGAACAAACAGAAAAAGCUCGAGGAUGAAAUCGCAAUGAAGGAAAAGGGCGAACAGGAGAUCAAGACGGAGAACGAAAAACUGUUAGAGAAAAAUUGGACGUUAGAAGAGCAGCUUAACAGCUCUGUGUCAUCCCUUGAAGACACGAGAAGCUACGUCCAUCAGCUUCAAGCAAUGACUGCCGAGGAGAAGAAAGAACGAGCGAGGGCAGCCAUGAGGGUAACAGAGGGGAUGCAGAGAGAACAACAAAGUCUGAUUGAGCAGCUGGACAUGCUAAGAGAGAUCAACCAGAAAUUGCGUGACGACCGUGACGCCAUCGAAGCUGCGCACCAAGCGAUGCUAAUGACCAAGCGCGAUCGCGGAAGCAGCCUGGGCGACGAGAUAGAAGAGGCUGAGGGUAAGAAGAAAGUAAAUCGUCAGGGCUCAAAAAUGUCCAAGUACUGGGACAAGAGACAGAACUCAAAUGGCGCGACGUCACCAACAAGCCCGCGGGGCCAGCUGGGAUCAAUUGGCAGCAUUGCCGAAGAGGGAGAGACUGGGGAAGAGUUUAAUCUGCACAGAUCCAGUGAGAGAAACAAGCCUCGACGCAAAUCCUCCCGACGACGCAGUCGCAUGAAGAAACAGAACAACGUGUUGGCCAACUAUUAUAGUAGCAACGUAGAGGGGUUGUCGUCGAGCGACCAAGCCCUAGAGCUGUCUGCACUGACCCGCGAAGUAGAAUUUGAGGGAGACGAGGAGCUCGCGAAGAUCAUUGAUGACAAACCACCCGAGAGGCCCAUAUGGGCCAGGAAGAUCAUGGCGGCCUUCGAGGAGUCUGAAAAAGCCAAGAAGGAGAAAGAGGAAAAAGAUAAGGAAGAGUUCCGACAGCGAAAAGCAGAUCUUCUUUCAUCCGAUCUACGUAGCUCUGAAGAUGAAAGAAGUGCUUUUUCCGAUGCGUUCAAUUCAUCGUCAGAACUUGAAAGCGAUUCCUCGUGCCCGCGAUCCCCCCGUACAGCGCCCGUAGGCAAGGAUGACGAGGCAUACCACGAGUCUGCUUCGCAAGCCUCCCCGACUCGGUUGAAAACCCCAGAGAGAGUGUUCAAGGUGGUGUUCAUAGGUGACUCGGGUGUCGGCAAGUCUAGCUUCCUACACAGGUUUUGUCACGAUCAGUGGAAGCCAUCCUUCACUGCUACCAUAGGAGUGGAUUUUCAGAUAAAAACAAUGAAUGUCAAUGGCCAGUGUAUUGCCAUACAGCUUUGGGACACUGCAGGACAGGAGAGGUUCCGAAGCAUUACCAAGCAGUACUUCCGUAAGGCAGACGGCAUUCUGAUAUUUUAUGACGUCACAGCCGAAUCUUCCUUCACCAACCUUAAAAGUUGGAUGGUUAGUGUGGAGGAGGGGGCAGAAGAGGGAGUUGCAAAGAUGGUACUGGGGAACAAGACGGACCUUGCAGAGGACGAGGAGAGCAGAGUAGUCAAGACAAUUGAUGGGAAGAACUUGGCAAAUCAAUAUGAUGCUCUCUACAUGGAAACAAGUGCCAAAACAGGCAACAACAUUCAAGAGGCAAUGUACAAGUUGGCGGAAGUUUUACAAGCUCGUGAAGAUCAAAUGAUGCAAAGUGUUCUGACCCUUGCCAAUACUUCCAAGAAGAAGAAGAAAUGCUGCAAAUCGUAGUCAGGUUAUAAAAGGAUUCCUGGAACCUAAGCAUUUUUAGUAAAAUGUCCACUAUUAGAAUGUUGAGAUACCAUGGAAUGUAGAUUAUAUAACUAAUAUAAAUUCAAGCAAUACUUUUGCAGUUUUCUACUGUGAGAUAUUUAUUUCUAUCUUUUACUUGUCUAAAGUCCAGGAGACAAAAAAAACUGUACUAUGUGCAGCAAAAUAAUUGAUGCUCUAAAAUGUUAUAAAGCUUUUAAUUGAGUAUUUAUUUAUUGUUGGGUACAAUAAUUAAGAUAAUUAACAAUAGGAUCUGUUGUAGAUACCGAAUAGGGAUCCUAAGUCUUUUUACUUUCCCUGAAAGCUUUUCAUAUUUCCAAUUUUUAAUCACAUUAUGCUGUAGGGUUAAAAAUAAUACAAUGGAAUACUGGUUGAUAGGUAAUCAUGCCUUACUAAUUAUUAGACAUUUGAAAAACCUUACUCUAACCAGAGUAAACAAGAUUUACUUAAUAAAGAAAUAAGAUAAGUAACAUACAAGUGUUGUUAUGAAAAUAUCAUAAUGGUGUGAAAGAUCAUAAAACUGUACAGCAAAUAACACACUUUUGAAAUUAGUGGGGUCAAUUUUUCUAGCUACCUUUCAUCAAUUAGCCUCCUUACCCUUGAUAGUAUACAUCAACAGCAACUCAUGUAUGUUUAUAAAAAAAAAUGUCUAGAAUAAAAUAUUUAUUAAAGUGGACCUCAUUGAAAAA